UAUUUCAAGAUAUAAUGUCAACUUCUCUUGAGGCGUAUUUAGAAACAGACUCUUUCAUGUCGGGGUCCUGACAAAGGAAGUCGCACACGAACUGCAGUCUUUGGCAUCUUUGCUAAACCCCAACAAACAGCGACGAUAUAUCAAAAUAAACAAAACUACCGCGUGAACUAUGAUCUUCAGUCACUUCAGCGAAAUUUGUAAUUGUGCAAACACGAUAAAAGACAUGCAUAUAUGUGAAGAAUUGUGCAUUUGAGGAGUGUGCUGAUUUAGCACUGGACUAUUGUUAUUCCUCAUGUCAUGAUGCCAGCCUGAACUUAAAGAGACCGCUAGCCUUCUGUUGUACCUGCUGAACCUCUCCGAAAUGAUUCUGGCUUCACUAAAAGGAUAGAUCAUAUGCAAAAAAUUGGAUGAAUUCAAACAUUGAUGCUGUGAAUAAACAUAACAAGACUACUACAUCAGCAGAAGUAUCCCAUCAGCAGGUGAAUGAAGGGUCGUCAUUGAGAUGCUAUAGGAGGAAUUGAUAAUCAAUACAGUGAUCAGAGCAUCGACAGAGAAGAUGGACAAGAAAUCCUUUGAUAUCGUCUUGGACGAAAUUAGAAAGUGUGUUUUGACAGAUCAGCGAAUCAAAGCUAUAGAGCAGGUUCAUGGGUAUUUCUCCAGUGAACAGGUGAUUGACAUUUUGAAAUACUUCUCCUGGGCAGAGCCACAAGUAAAGGCAGUCAAAGCCCUGCAGCAUAAAAUGGUUGCAAUUCCAACAACGAAGGUUGCAAACAUCCUUAAUUGUUUCACAUUCUCAAAGGACAGAAUUAUUGUACUAGAGCUCAUAGCUCUAAAUAUUUCUGAUGCCCAAAAUUACCGUCCCGUGGAGGAUGCGUUCCGUACUCACCUCGCUGAGAGGAAGCGUGCAAGAAGAAUCUUAGAGCAGGUGUGUAAGGUGGGAUGUAAAGCUCCAGUGGCGAUGAUUUCAUCCUGUGGGAUGAUCCCAGGCAACCCUUACCCCAAAGGCAAACCCAGCCAGGUCACUGGAACAUUCCCUGGAUUGCCUGCCAAAAAGGAUGGAGACGAUGCAACCCUGGAUGGAAAGGGCAUUGCUGCACGCAUCCUUGGACCAAGCAAACCGUCACCAUCAACGUACAAUCCACACAGACCUGUGCCAUACCCUAUCCCGCCAUGUAGGCCACAUGCAACCAUCGCUCCAAGUGCGUACAACAACGCAGGUCUGGUGUCAGUGGGUGGGGUCAUCACUGCCAGUGUGCCACCCCCACCCUACCGAGCCACUCCCAAUUUGGCAGGUUACAGCCGACCUGUCAGUCAACAAAAUCCAACCGCCUACAUCUCCGGCACACCUGCUAUCUCUCCUCAUAACUCCACCGCAUCUACUCCUGUCACCUCCCAGCCUCACCCUACCACACCAAUCACUCCGGUUUUUCCUGGCAUGGUCCCAUCCCAAAACCCUGGAACCCCCUCCCCUACUCCUGCCCCCUCACCCUCAGUCAUCAAAGGGCCUCCUCUCACAGCUGGCUCUCCCCAAGUUGCCUCAAACUCCAGUGGCCACACCACACCAGUUCCUUCUCCGUUCCCUGGCAUGCCCCCUUCUGGUCGAAACACCCCUUCCGUUAUCAAAAGUCAUACCCCAUCUGGAACACCCUGUGGAACACCCGGGCCAAGUACAAGCAUCCCUCUUUCUCCCUUCCACGGUGUGCCCCGCUCAGAAACACCUUCUGGUGGACUCACAUCUACUCCCGGGGCAACUGGUGACCCCUUGACUCCUCAUGGAGCUAUGGGAUUACACUCAAUGAAGGGUUACCCUCCUUCCUCAGAUUCCCAGUUAGCACUUUCACUCCCUGGCGCUCCCUCUACCCAGUCACAUUCGGUUAUCCGUAGUUACACACCCUCAGGGAUGUCCUCUCUCACUCCUGGACGCUCUACUCCCAACAUGCAAGGUGUUGGUGGAUUGCCAGUGCCGCCUGCGGCUCCAAGUCCUAAGCCCUUUCCUGGACUGACCUCCCAGGCAGCCAUGAGUAGCCCUGCUUUGUUUAGCGAGCAAAUUGCCAGCUCCAUGGCCCGGCACGGCGGAGGUAGUGGAAGCAACAGUCCUGUUCCUGCCGCUUUCAAAGGUCCCUCCCGCUCGGGCACCCCUUCUCUUAGCUCUCUAGUAAUGCCUAACUCUACUGUUCUUGCCCGACCCAUGGGCAUGGCCCAUGGUUCUACCUCGCCACAAUCUUCUUUACCCAGCACUGCUGGUGUAGCUGAACUCCACAGUCUUUACUCAGCUCUGGGCUCUCAAUCUGGAAGCAGCCCUACUCCUCAUUUUCCAGCAAUGUCUCCUUUCCCUGGAACCCAGUCCUCCAUUUCCGCCCCAUCCACUCCUACUCCUCCAGUCUCAUCUGUAUAUUCUGGCCUGGCUCACUCAAGCGCUUCCACACCCUCCCCCUUUGGCCUGGGAUUGACCACAGCUCCCUCCGUGUUCCCGGGUCUUCCUCCUGGCCCAAACCCUGCUUUCCCAGGUUUUGGAGGCUCAGGGCCCACUGCAGCAGGUAGUCCAGUGCUGUCCUCCUUAAUGGGGCUUUCAGGAGCCGCUUCCUCAGUAGCCACUGUUGCACCUCUCCAGGCAGCAGCAGUCGCAGCAGCUGCCGCAGCAGGAGCUCCCUCCUCUUCUCCUGUGCUUCCUGGAUUCGCCUCUGCAUUCAGCUCUAACUUCAACCCUGCCCUUGCUGGCCAGGCUGGGCUAAGUGGUAGUCUCCAGGCCCCUGGAGGUACAGCUUUCCCAGGGCUGCUGUCUUUCCCCCCCGGGAUGCCCAGCUUCUCCACGACAGCAUCUCCUGCUGCCCUCUCUGGUCUUCACAACUCCGGCAUGCAAUCUGCUCUUUUGCAGGCUCACUCUGCAUCAGCGCUCGACAGUUACCCUCCCCAGCCGAAUGGAUUCACGAACUACCCUGCAGCCGCUGGCUCGAGCUUCCCUCUGCAGCCAGGCCUGCAUCCGCCACUGGGCUGGCAGUAACUCAUUGUGAGUUACAGAGGGCAGGCAUAUCGAAAACUAUGCGACCUAGUGUGUGCAGUGUGCAUAAACAAUGAUGAACAUUGUGGACUGUGGUGCUCCGCAUGGAAAAAGGUGUGUCAUAACGCAAUUAUGGGUAAAUUCAAAAACUUAUGUGGCAGCUCUACUCUCCAAUAAUUUCCUGUAGAAGAUACUCACGUCUCAAAUCAAGACAAGCUUGUGGUUUAGAGCUCUGCAGUAGUAGAACAGACUUUUGAGGGCUGUGCUGGACUGUUUGUUAUAUGUAUUUGAAUGAAAUUAAUACUAUUCUUUAGUAUUAUUUUUUUGGUUUGUAGUAGGGCUUAACUCUGUUUAAGCAUCAUCAUUUUAAAAAUGAAUACUAAAAUGAAUUUUAAAUAUACACCAGUAGAGGAAAUGUGAAUAGCGUGGGUGUCUAAAUUUUACUAAACUGUUUUCCCUGUAUCAUGAAAGUAGUGAGUUAACUGACAUUUUCUUCAAAUGUCUGUCAAAUACUGUACAUGUAAAUACCCUGUGAGAAUGGGUAAAUUAGGUGUUUGCUCUUUGUACUGUAGCUGUUCUGUUUUUUCCCCCUUUAUUUUCCUAAGUUACCUUGCAAAUUUUAAAGGAGUUGCUUUGCAAAUUGACUUGAGUGUUACAAAUGUUACAGUUGUGCAAUUUUGCUGAUAUUAAGGUCAGAACCAUGAAUUUUGCAUGUAUACAAUGUGUAGAUCUCAG